CCCACCCUCGCUUUAAUCGCGCACUGAGCGGACAGGCGGAGCUACGCGCGGGGUAACGGCCAGUAACAGUUAGUUGGCGAGACAUGGAUGACUUCGACAUGCUAGACACGGCCCAGUCCGCGAUGGGCAACGGCGUCGGGCUGGAGGAGGACCCCGCAGCCGCCUUCCUGGCCCAACAGGAGAGCGAGAUCGCGGGCAUCGAGAGCGACGAGGGCUUCAGCAUCCUGGACGGCGGAGCGGUGCCGUCGUUGCUGUCCGAGCCCGAUGCUGUUGACGGAGUCAUUAACGGAGAGCUUCAUGAGGAGAGCAACGGCCCGUCUGAUGCCUACGCCGCCGUCGCCCAAGUCGACCGCCUGCGGGCCGAGCCGGAGAGCCUGCGCAAGUGGAGGGAGGAGCAGAGAGAGCGCCUCGAGGUCCUCGAUGCCAACUCGAGGCAGCAGGAGGUGGAGUGGAAAGAGAAGGCCAAGCGAGAGCUGGAGGAGUGGCACGCCCGGCAGGACGAGCAGCUGGAGAAAACGAAGGUGAACAACAGGGUGCUGGACGAAGACUUCUACAAACAGCCCUUCUCUGAGCUCAUUGGUUAUGUGGCGGCCGAGGAAGCCCUGCUGUCGGACGCGGACGAGAACAACCCGGGUACGGAGUGGGAGCGCGUGGCACGUCUCUGCGACUUCAACCCCAAGUCCACGAAGCAGGCCAAGGACGUGUCGCGCAUGCGCUCCGUGCUCAUUUCCCUCAAGCAGACUCCGCUGGCGCGCUGAUGGCGCGCCGAUUCCGCGCCGGGCACAGAACCGCACUCCUACUGCUCCCAGCCAUCGCCCGAGGACCCCGACAAAGUCAUUCCUUCUCUCCCAUUAAGAUAGCGAUUUAUUUUUUCUAUUCUUCUGAGAAACAAACUCAAAAGCGUGAGCACCGUUAGAGCGGCUUCACUGGGGUGCAGCAGUGAGUCUCCUAUCUAUGCAUUUUCUUUUUGCGCUUCCCACGAAUAAAGAAAUAAUUCUCUAUUUCGCUGUGUGUGUGUGU